UCUAUAUUCUUCAUUUCUCAUAACCAUUCUUACAAUCAAAAACACAUUUGCUCCCUUUUUUCAUCUUUUAAUUUUCUUCACAUCUUGUUUGUUUCAAUUUCCAAAAAUGGCCACUGUUGAGGUUCAAUCCGCACCCGCCCCAGAAGUAGUAACUGUUCCAGCUGAAAUCGAGGCGAAGAUCACACCAGAAACAAUCAAAACCGAGGAAGUAGCCCCCGUUGCAGAAGAAACAGCACCAGCACCAGUACCAACGCCAGCAGAAGAAACCGCUUUAGUCGAAGAAAAAGCGGUCCCCACUGUGGAAGAUACCGUAAUCGAACCAACACCAGCACCAGCAUCAGAACCAGAAGAAGAGAAAUCAGCUCCAGCUGUUGAGGAAACAGUGGCUGAAGAGAAAACAGAAGACUCUGUUUUGGCAGAGGAAACAGUGGGUGCAGAACCUGAAGUUAUUGAUGAUGAAAAAGUUGAAGUGGAGACUGAGGCAAAAGAAGAUGAGGAAAAAGUUGUUGAUGCACCAGUUGUUGAACAAGUUGAGAAGAUUGAAGAGUAAAAUUGGUGAAUAAUGUGGGGUAGGGGUUUGGGGGGUGAUGUUUUAAUAUUUUAAGUUAAGGUUUUGUAUAUUAUUAUUAGUAUUAUUUAGUAUGGUAACUAAAAUGAAGGAAUAUGUUUGUUGUAAUGCAUAUAUCCUUGUGUCUUUGGUCUUUGGUUUGUGGUUUGGGGGUGGGGUGGGGGGUGGGGAUGGAGUCUAUCUUCGAAUAAUAAUAAAAAGAUUAGUAUAUCUUUUUGUCUAUUGUGUUUUUUCUUUCUCUUUUUCUUUUUAAUAACGGUGAUAUCGAAAUCAGCUUAAUACAUUUCGAUUAUUAUAAUGAAUAUCUACAAGCUUUUAUUAGUA